AUGCCUAAAUCAGCGCCGCUGGAGGUGAUCGAGUGGUAUGAGAAGCACUGCCCAUCUGCCAAAUAUGACCUGGUAGCGUCAAGUGUCUCAGCCAUCUCACUCGCCGACCUCCUCGAUAUUUCUGAGAGCAGGAAAGAAUCGGAAGAUAACGUUGGCCUGAACAGCAUAAAACUCGACGAGAAGGAGCAUUCUGCAGGCAGUGUCGAGUUCCGCAGAAAUUUGGCUGCUUUGUACUCGGCUCUUUCUGGAGGGGUUUCACAGGAUGACAUUGUGAUCACGAAUGGCGGAUCCGCUUCACAUUAUACGGUGUUCUAUUCUUUGCUGGCGCCUGGAGACCACCUCAUCUGCCAACACCCCGUGGAUGAACUGCUCUACAAGAUUCCCGCCUCUCAAGGCGUCGAGGUUACAUUAUGGGAAACCGAACCAGCAAAGAAGUGGCAGCUUGAUAUUGAGGAGUUGAAGCGACUAAUCAAGGACAACACCAAGAUGAUUGUAAUUCAAAGCCCAUGUGACCCCACAGGGGCAAUCGUCCCCAGACCAACGCUUGAAGCUCUUGUGCAGGUGGCGGAAGAGAAAGGUAUCUUGCUCCUAGCCGAUGAGACCUUCAGACCUCUCUUUCAUUCCAUUCUACCAUCCAGCGAAGACUUCCCUCCGUCGACAAUCAACAUGGGCUAUAGGAAAGCCGUAGUAAUCGGCGCAGUGAGCAAGGCGUACAGUCUCGCAGCAAUCCGGGCUGGAUGGAUCGCCUCCAAGGACAAAGCUAUCAUCGACGCUUGCAAGCAAACAAGGCGCUACACCUCAAUGUCAGCAUCAAAACUUGACGACGCCGUUGCGGUGGAGGCUGUAAGCGAUAGAUGCAUCCAUGCGCUACUAGGCAGAAAUAUCAGAUUGACACAGACAAACCUAGAACUACUUCAAGAGUUCAUCGACAGUCACAGCUGGGCCUGUUCCUGGGUCAGACCGCUCGCGGGAACAACAGCACUGCUCAAAUUUCACAAAAUGGGGAAACCUGUUGAUGACGAAACCUUCUGUUCGAAACUCCUUGAGCAAGCGAGUCUUCUCAUUUGUCCCGCGAGAAAAUGUUUCGGCGAGAGCCGGAAACUUCGAGGAUAUGUGAGAGUCGCUUUCGGCGGAUCCACACCUGAGCUGAAGGCUGCGCUUGAAGCCUGGAGCCAGUUCAUGGAAGAGAGUUAUGAAUCAGUCCCAACGCUAGCGAUCCAAAACUGA